UUUUCCUCCGUUCAAUGGUUUCACACUAUUUCAUACACACUGUAAAUAGUGUGAAAUGGGCUGGAUCGACUGACAAAGCUGGUGCCAUGGUGUGCGACAUCACGCACGAUUUCCACAAGCUGGCCAAGUGGAAGGCUGCGCCUCGACAAGAUAAGCAAGAUGCCAAUCAUCAGGUCACUAAUUUCAUGCAGGCGGCCAUGGAUAUUCUGCGCGACAUUCAAAAGAUUGCGGCGUUCUGGGAGGAAAAGAGGAGAGCGUACUUGAGCCCUUCGCACUUCCUACCGAGCAAAGCAACGGUGUUCACUGACUUGGAGCGCGAAGAGCUCGAAGACAGCUUGCUUGAUUCGUACAAGCUAUGCGAGCAGCGUCUGGACGAGCUCAAGAAUGCAGUGCUUUCCAUCCCCGUAACACCACAAGUGGCCAAAGUACAUUCGGAGAUCAUUCACUACCUGAUCGACCGCAUCAAACGCGGCAUCUCAUCGACAAAAGACCACCAGACGAAGCGCAUGAGUCGGCCCUUCUUUCUGUCUAAAAAACUCGUCCCCGACGGCAUCGAGUUCAAUCGAAGCACCAUCGUUUUGCCCAAAUCCAAGACUGCGCCAGUUCCGCUCACCACAGCAUUGCCCUCGUCCAGUGCGUCGCCACCGCAGCCUAGCAUCCCAGAUUCACCUUCUGCACGUCCUCUAGCACCACCAUCUCCUGCCCGUGGACAAACCUGUGUCGACGAACCAGCAACGACUUGGCCUGGCAUAUCAACCACCGCACCGCCGUUCGUGGAAUUAUCGUCGAAGAACGCACAAGACGACGCCAUGGUGUUCUCCGAGGCCGAGACGCGUCAAUUUCACGCCGAGAACGUUCAAUUGCAUCGUCAUUUCCACGAUGAAAUCGACGCCGCCAGACGCGUCGAGAAACAAGUCCACGACAUCCGAGACAUGAUGCAUCAAUUCGCGAAUGAAAUCGGCGGCCAGGCGGAAAAGAUGCACGUUGUGGCCAAGGAAGCCGACUUGGUGGCCGAGAAUGUCGGCCACGGGAACCAGUCGCUCAAGCAGGCGGCAGACUAUGGCCACGGCCUCGGCUUUCUCAUCUUUUGCUGCUACGUGGGGGCGUCCACCUUGCUCCUGUUCUUCCACUAUUAUUAACAUGGUCACUGCGUCCUUCGUUGCGGUCCAUGGGGCUUGGUCGUAUGCCACGUCUCCAACAUCCUGCGCUAUUAAAGUAUUCCUUGG